AUGAGCUCAGUUAGCAAAGGUACAAGAUUUUUUGGUACAAAAAAAGAAAAAGAGGCACCACCUCCAGCAAGUUCAGUUUUCUCAUCUAUUGAUACAACAACAUCAACAACAGAUCCAAAUAAUGGAGUCAAAAGAUUAUCAGUUAGUUCUGUAGCAAAACAAUUAAAAGAAAAACAAUCUGUAAAUAGUUCAUCACCAUCACCCUCACCAUCUCCUUCUCCAAUAACAAUAAAACCAGCCCCAAGACCAAUUUUAAAACCAAGUACCUCACAACAACAGGAAUCAUCUGCAUCAUCAUCCUCAGGUGCUACACUAUCAUCAUCAACACCAACUUUACCAUCAGUUUUACACAAAUUUAAAAAUGCAGCAGCAGCAGCAGCAUCCUCCUCUUCACCUUCAUCCUCGCCAUCCUCUUCACCUUCAUUGUCAUCUACACCAACCCAACCUACUCCAUCUACAUUUAAAAAACCAUCAGCUUUUCAACUUCAACAAAAACCAAAUUUAUCAUCGUCUGUUGGAGAAUUACCAUCAUUUAAAAAACCCUCACCACCACUCCCAGCAGGAAGACCAGCACUAUCACAAUCAAUUGAUCAUAACAAUAAUAAUAAUACAAACACAAAUACAAGCACAAAUACAAGUACCUGCAGUAGCUUAAAUUCAUCAACAUCAUCGCUACCAUCUUUUUCACCUUCUAAUGGAAACGGUUUUGCAUCAAUGAAACCACCUCUAUCAAGACAAAAUACACAAUCACCAGUACAGUUUUCAUCAUCACCACCAUUAAAACCCCAACCAUCACAUAACCCAUUAAAUAAUAGUAAUAAUAAUAUAUCCAAACCAACACCUAAAAAACCAGCUUUACCACCAAGAAAUGAAUUACAAUCAUCUGCAGGAACUAUAGUGGUACCUAAAUUAAAACCAACUCCAAUAAAUAGACCUACCCCAUCAACAACCUCAAAUGACGCCCAAAGAUUGUUUUUAAAAAAGGUUAUAAACGACGAUGAUGAAACAAGUGAAAAAUUAAGUAGCGAUGAAGAUGAAUCUACAACACCAAGAGCAUCCUCUUCAUCAGCAACUAGCAAUAAUAGUAAUAAUAACAAUAAUAAAUUCAAUAAACCUAAUAACAUGGGUGGGGCUGCAAAUGAAUCAUCAACAACAUCUGCAUCCACAUCCACAUCUACAUCACCAUCAUCAUCGACAUCCACCUCACCACAAAUUUCAAAUAAAAAACCAAAAGAUCCAAAUGCAGAUAAAAUUCAAAGAAAUUAUUUAGUUCAAGAGUUAUUAUCAACAGAAAAGAAAUAUGUAAAUAAUUUAAAUAGAAUCAUUACCAUCUUUUUAUUACCAUUAAGAGAUAAAGUAAAUUCAAAAGAUAAAAUCCUUAAUAUGGAAGAAAUCAAUCAAAUUUUUUCAAAUAUUGAAACUAUUUUCAAUGUCCACAAAACCUUUUUAGUUGAUUUUGAAGAUAGAAUUACAAAAUGGUCAGAUACUCAAAAGCUUGGUGAUGUUUUCAAAAAAAUGAGCCCAUAUUUAAAAUCAUACAAAAUUUAUUCAAAUGCAUAUAACGGCAGUAUGUUAACUAUUCGAAGUUUAAUGAAAUCAAAUUCACAAUUUUCUCAAUUCCUUCAAAAAUGUUUAGAGAAACCAGCAUCAAAAGGUUUAAAUCUUUCAGCUUACCUUAUUAUGCCCAUUCAAAGAAUUCCCCGUUAUCGUUUAUUGUUAGAAUCAAUUAUUAAACAUACACCAACCGACCAUGUAGAUUAUCAAGAUUUAAUAGGUGGUAAUGAUGAAAUUUCAAAAUCAGCAAAUGAAAUCGAUGAAAAAUUAGCAGAGUAUCAAAUUGCACAUAAAGUAUUGGAUAUUCAAAAUAGUUUAAAUGGUUUAGAAGAAGAUAUUGUAACACCAACUCGUCAUUUCUUAAAAGAAGGUGAUCUUAAAAAAAUAUCUGAUCGUGUUGUAAAUAAUAGACACUUUUUUUUAUUUAACGAUUUAUUAAUUUAUUGUAAAAAAGAAAGAAAAGAUACCUACAGAUAUAAAGCAACAUUCCCUUUAUUAUCUUGUUGGGUUAAAGAUAUACCAGAUACUCAAAGAUAUAAUAAUCUUUUUCAAAUUAUUUCAAAAGAUAAAACAUACUUUUUAAGUGCUAAAUCAAGUGAAGAAAAAUUAUCAUGGAUGAAAUUAUUAAAUGAGGUUAUUGAUAAAUUAGUUGGUCAAAAUCCAGAAUGUUUACAACAAAGAGCUAAUAUUUAUGAAAGACGUGGUUCAAUGUCACCUGCUGAACUUUUCAAUGCUUUGGAUAAAAACACUCCAAUUGGCACUGAAGAAAAAAGUGACUCAUCAAAUGAUUUAAAGAAAUCAACAAAAACAAUUUGGUUAAAAGAUCAAAUGACAAAAGCUUGUAUGUUAUGUACUAGUAGUUUUACAAUGACAAGAAGAAGACAUCAUUGUAGAAAAUGUGGUAAAAUAUUUUGUAAUGAUUGUUGUCCAGUUCAAGAUUUAUCUCAAUAUAUUCAAGGUAAAAAGGUUAGAAUUUGUAAAACUUGUUUUGAGGAAAUUCAGGUUCAAUUAACUGAAAUGAGUAGUAUCAAUGGUAACGAACAAAGUAUGGUGGAAGAAGUCGCAAACUUAUAA